UUGGCGGAAACGCGAGGAGUGAAGUUGUGUGAUUUGUUUUAUUUUGUCUAUUUAGUGUUUCUUCGGGUUUAAAUGUGUAAUAAUGGUGGUUUAUUAACCGUUUAAUAUCUGUGAAAGUGCACAAAUGUGGGAAAAUGAAACAAAGCCGCUGGACGUAACUUCUCGGGAUCCUCCAAAAAGUCCAUUGAAAAAAUCUUAGCAAAUGUCCACCAUUUUACUGAGAUUAGAUUUCAUCUCUUAUCAUCUCAUUUAAUUUCAUCCCAGUUGAUUAAUGUCUCAAAUUAAUCAUUUUCAUUUAAUUUCACUCCAUGAUAUCAUUUUUCAUAAAAUUAAGAAUAUACAUUAUAAUAAGAUAUGACUUAAAGGUCUCAGUUACCAGGUCAUAAAAUCUCAUAAAAAAAAACUGGCAUUGCUGAAAGCCAUAGCCGACGGUAAACAUCGGGUGGGUCUUAUGCUUGUCUACCUACAAGCGCAAAAAAAAAAAAUUACGAUCAAUAUGAAGAUAAAUUUGUAUAUUUUUUUGUGAGCAUGUGGUGUAUGAAUUUGGAUGAUUUGUUCCUUUUUAUGAAAUUAAUGUUUAUUCAUCCAUAACUGUGUGAUUCAUAGAUAUGUGUCAAAGUGCACAAGUGAUGGAAAUGAAACUUAACUGACUGAACACGACUUCCCGGGCUCUAUAAAAGUACUUUGAACUGUUUGUAAAUUCACCAAAUUUCACUAACGGGCUAUUUCAUUUUAUUUCAUCUAACACUUAUAGAAUAAGAUCUUGAUUAUUUAAUUUUUAACUGAUUUUCUUUUAAUAUUAAUAAUUAAUUGAUAUGAGUUAACCGCAAGAGAGAGAUAGAGAGACAGAGAGACAGAGAAGUCAAAAUAUUCUAAUACAUGUCUCACUCAGUCUCAUGUGCGUGGAUAAUGCCCUCGCGCUCUUACCCGCAGAGGUAUUAAAUUGAAUUUAGGGGAUGAUUGGCCCCUUGGAUUGGUCUGUCUUUUUGUAAGAGGUUUUAAAAUAGCUGUCUGGUGGACAUAUAUAAAAAUCAGCUUUCAGAAUUUACGUUAAGCUAGGUCAUUAUUUUGGGCGCUUUAAAGCGUCUGCAAAACAAUUCGGCCGACGGAAAGUGUCUGGGAGUAUUGGCGACUUAUUUUUAAGGAUAUUGCCUAAAAUAUACGUUCUUAGUACAUACUAACACUACGCAAUCGGCCACAUUUCGUUCGUCAGAAAAUACGUGACGUCUGGGGGCCCUGGGAUCUUGGACUAUUACGGUCAUGCUUAAUUUUAGCUCACUUAAUUCCAUUUAAAUCGUUUAAAUUUUUAAACGGUUACUUUGAAAUUUAUUGUCAAAGAAUUGUAUGUUCUAUGUUCUUAAGCCUGUCGAAUGACAAAUAAAAAAAGUAGAGAAUGUCAGCCUAACCUUAAAUGUCAAAAAAUAACGUAAACAUAGAUCGUAGUUUGUAAAAUUGUUUUAAAAUUAACUAUGAGCAGCCGUAACCCCAACACGCUAAUGAGCGUGCCUGAUGACCAGUUUGAUUAUUUAUUCAAAAUAGUUCUCAUAGGAGACUGCGGUACCGGUAAAACAUGUAUAGUGCAGCGUCUUAAAUCAGGAAAUUUCAUCGAAAGACACGGAAAUACUAUAGGCGUAGACUUUUCUAUGAAAACAUUAUUAGUCGACGGAAAGAAAGUCAAGCUGCAAAUUUGGGAUACAGCAGGCCAAGAACGUUUCAGGACUAUCACUCAGAGCUACUAUCGGUCUGCAAAUGGAGUCAUUAUCGUUUAUGAUAUCACAAAACGUUCAACAUUUUUGUCCCUGCAAAAAUGGAUUGAGGAAGUGCGUAGGUAUACGUCCUCCAAUGUUAUAGUAUCUCUAAUUGGAAACAAAUGUGAUCUAACAGAGCAAAGGGAAGUUGAAUCAGAUGAACCAAAAUCUUUUUGUCGAUAUGUCCCGGAGAUAAUGUUUGUAAUGGAAACAUCAGCCAAAGACAAUACCAAUGUUGAAGAUACAUUCCGAAGUCUGGCUACAGAGCUGAAGAGACAACAUGACAACAGUGAAGGCCCACCAGCCGAAUCGGACUCAGUAGUACUUGGAGAAAGCCAUUCAAUUUCCAGAUGUCAACCUUGCCGCUCCUCCUAAAUUUCUGCUCAUAGUUAAUUAUUUGACUAACAAGACCUAUCUUGUAUAGGUUCAUGUGCAUUUUGUGUUUAUCUACCUUUGACAAUUACUAUCAUAAUAUGAUUAUUACAAAAAAAAAAAUUAGAAAAUUAAGUUCACAAAUAUUUAAAAGUCCCACAGUUAUCUAUAAUUUUGAAAUGUAUACUUUCAAUAGUUGAAAGUUCAGAAAUUUAACUCAUUAUUGAGAUUCAUGAAGUAUUUUUAUUUUUUACCUUGGUAAGUAGAUGAACAAGACGAGCAUAGUAUAGCCCUCGAGAUGGUGAGCAGUCACUGUCGCUCGUAUAGCUCAGUAAUACCAGGAGCAUAGCAUGUCUGCUACCUACAGAGUGCACUGAAUUCACUAUUCCAUCCAUUGAUUUUUUAUCAUUAGCAUUCCCAUCAAGCUAAAGUCAUUCAAUUUUAAUAACUGACAAUAAUCUCACAAUACUUAAUUUAUUUAUCUAUUUAUCAAAUGGUGUGAUAAAUGAUAAUUAUGCAUAUGCAACCAAUAUAUUAGACAAAAUAUUAGUAUGUAUAAAUGCUUAUGAAAUUCACACAUUGCUAUUAUAACCUUAAUAACUUAAUGUUUAAUCGUGCAUGUUGUGUAAUGGUCACAAAGAAUAUGAUACAAUAUGUAAUGUGUAUUAAGUAUUUCAUACAAAGUCACAACUAAAUAUUAUAUUUGCAUAUUUAGGACACACGCAAACGGUGUUAUGCAUAUUUCUAAAUCUAUGUUUUUGUUGUCUUUUCAUCUAAUCGUGUAAUUAACACAAAUAACAGCUGAUAUAUGCAUCUAUAAUAUGAUCCAGCUUUACUUAAUGAAUCUCUAUUAAUUAUUGUUAAUUGUACUACUAUGAUAUUUAUAUAAUAGGGAAACGGACAACUCAUACUUUUCACAAUUGUCACGCAAACUUUUAAAAGCUUUGCGGAACACUCCGUUCAUCAUUAAGUGUGAGAUCAUAUCAUUGGGUCUAAAAGUCGUUUAACCAUAUGUGCCUUGUGUGAUUUUCUUUAAUAUAUCAUAACAUGUUUCAUUAAUAUUACACUAAAAUAGUAAUUUAAUAUUGAUCUUAAUUUAAUUAAGAUUCAUUAUGAUUUUCUUAAUGUGUUUCAUUGUUGUCCGGUUGCCCAUUUUGUUGAAUUUGUACCUACUGAAAUCUUUAAUUGUAGAGAGCAAAAUGAAGGCUAGUGAAUACCUAAUGUCAGAAUGUUUUGUUUUAAUACAAUAUCUUAAAUUUAUUCUGUGAAUUAAAAUUUUCUUUGAUAUAAAAUGCUUAAAUUUCUGUAAACAAUUGUUAUUAAGAACUUAAAGCAAUCCCUCAUACCGAAUGUCAUUUGCCUUCAUUUUCAUCCAGCUUAAUUUGUACAAAUCGGAUUAAGUAAUUUUCAUUGUUUUAUUCAUCAUUACCGUUAUCAUCAUUAUGAAAAUGAAUAAAUAGUUGGCUAUGUUAUGGUUAUGUCGAAUAUAUAUUAAUAUGAUUAUCUGAUAUUAUAACUUAAAGAGCAAAUUAAAUUUAUAUCCUGCAUAAUUUAAAUAAACGAAUGUUCUCUUAAAUAUUUUAGUGAUUUAUAUACUGUGGCUUUAAGUCUUAAUUUUAAGGAAAUGAUGAAUAAUAUUUUAUUUUAUUUUUCAAUUGAUUUUUUAAUAAGUUUCGAGAAUGUAUGUAAAUAAAUUGUAGAUGUAAAUCUAUAUGACCACCUAAUCGGGACUGAUUUAAGCCAUACUUUAGUAUGUACUUUUGGUGUAGGAUUUAUAUUUAUUUAAAAGUUAUACUGUCCUAUAGAAAUUUUGGUGCAUAGUGUUUAAGCAAAUAAAACUAUGUAGGUGAAUACUUUAAUAGAUUAUACAAUUUUAGUUAUGGUGGAAAGAUUGAUCUUUUAGAUUUGUUCAAUAUGGUUUUUAUUUUCAACAAGAACUGAUUGCGGUUAGGAAAGUUAUGACUUUUCAUGCACUAAUUUAUGAGAAAAAAGUAAGGAUCAUAAAUAUUUCAAGAAAAAAAUAUUUAAAUGGGUUAACUCUAUUCAUUUAUUUCUAAGUAUAAUAAAGAUAAUAGUAAGUUAUAAAGUUUGAAAUACAUCAUUAUAAAAAUGUUAUUAAAUGAAUAAUAAAUUGUUCUUAGUGUGUGUAAUCCCUACAUUACAGGAAAGCUCAGCAUUCUUAUUAAUAUUGCAAUGCCUGCAUUAGGUAAAUUUAAGAUAAAAAUAUACAUAAAAUGAUAACUUGUAACUACGUUAAAAUAUUUAAAUGUAUAUUAGAACUCAAUGAUUAUGGUAUAGAAAUUAAUACCUACUUAAAAACAAGAUGUAUAAAAUGUGUAUGUAUAGCUUAGUUUUUGCACCCUUAAAGCAUUCUAUGAAAUAUCUGAAUCUGCAAGCUUAUGGACAAAAUUAACAGACACAAGAAGUUAAUUUAAUUAUUUCAAUAUAUUUGCGGGUAUUUUGUGAUUUGCGGCCCUACGCGUUCCUCUCGUUCAAAACAAUUGCAAUUAGGGGAAUUAAUCUUUUCACUGAUUUUGAAUUGACAUUAUGUACAACACGGGGAAAAUGUUAUAGGUAAUGUAAUCUAAAAUAAAUUUAAAUUAAAAUUCUUUAAAAGUGGACUGAAGCGAAUUCAAUGACCUUUUAAUUAGAUUCUUAAUUUAACAAUGGCUGAAUUUUGAAUUAAAAAUCUAAAUAUUAUCAGUUGUCAAACAGUAAGUUAUAAUUAUCAGUGCUAGUCUCCAAACUUUUAUUGGUAAGCCCUUUAUGUAAUUUGAAAGCGGGAAUCAUAUUUUGCUAACAUUAAGUUUUCAGAGAUAAUUUGUUCCGCGUACAAAGCCUUGAAACGAAAUUCUGCCCGUAAUAGAAUAAAGAUCAUAGAAUCCGUUUAAUUUUUCAAACGAGUUUUUAGAUGAGUAGCUUAACGUAAAUAAUGCUUGUCGUGCCCCUAGGUGUUGCCAAGCUGCAGUGACCACUCACGAUCAAAUAGCACGUCCGCUAAUCGUCAUUCGAGAGUAGUAACAAAUAAUUUUAACUUAAAUUGCAAUGAUUUGAGAAGCACUUUAAAUGUUCCGUUCUGUAGGCAAUUUGCGACUUAUCAUUAUCAUAGUGUAGUGAUUAAAAAAUAACUUCAUAUAAUGUAGAUUUAAGUGUUGCCCGAUCAAAUAAUAUGCAGUUGGUUCAUAUGAGCUUUAACACCUUCAUAAUAAUUGUAUUGUUUACUAGACAUGUUUAUAUAAAGAGUACCUAAUGUAAUACCUAGUUAAAUGGAAACGUAUAUGUUGAAUAAAAAAAUAGAUUAUUUAUAUUCACCGAUUUUAGAGGCUAACGUGAUCCGUCAUUGUAAAAUAGAGCGACAAGGAUCCAAACACUGGCUAAAAUCGAGACUAAUAUGCCGGCAUCUUGUGAGACAACUUUGUAACAAUUUUAGCGGCUCUAAAUAUUAAAGUACAUUGAAGAAUGCGUUUACUGUGAUGACCUCCGAUGAAAAAAAGCGUUUUAAAAAGAAUUGAUAGCAUUUUGACCGACGCCAAAACUCCAACGUUACAUCUAUUUUCUUGCAAAAAUGUCUUUCGUUUGUAACCUUUAUCUUACCAUCUCGAUCUUGUUUAAAACUUUAAAGAUUUUUUGCUUUAAAACAGUCACACAGAACUCUUUAUUAGGUAAGAACUCAUUACAAUUUGAAAAAUCUCAAUUUCAAAAUCUGAACAAAUAUAACGUUAUAUCUCUCUUAUUGAGAUGUUGAACCUUGUUGCCAUUUUAAAAAAAACCUAGAAUCUCAUUUUGAGAGUUGUUAAAAUAGAAUGAGAUCUAUAACUAUGACUACUUAAUAUAAGCUUACUAGAGUGGUAUGCAAUAUAUUGUUAAUUUUUAUAAUCGUAAGACAUGUAAAAUUUUUAUUUGUAUAAUAAUUCAUUCAUUUCAAAAAAUAAAUAUUGUUUUGAAAUAAAA